UCAGCUGAUAUCCGAGCGGAUCUGCGUCCUACGAUUAGCAAUAGCGAGCGUUAUUUCAUUGUCAACCAUGAUUUUGUGAUUUUUACAAACUAUUAUUAUUUGCUUAAAACGUUUGAUAUAAGUUUGAAAUUUGAAUGACGUAUUUGUUGUUCUUUGUGAAUACAAAUUCAAUAAUGAUCUAUAUAAAUUUCUGAAACAUUAUUCAUACUUCAAUAAAAACGAAAUAAUAUGUUAAUCAAGAUUGAAAUAUUGUGGAAGAGCAAAAAAAAAUUAAUAUUUAAAAGAUGAAUGUCAUCUACUACUAUUUCAUGGGUGUUUGACAAUGUUUGAUAGUGCAACAAAUUUCAUGAUAAAAUGGAAGAAGAGUGGUGCAAUCUUAGUCAUUUAGCAAUACAUGAUAAUUCAAAUAUAACAUAUCAUAUCGUUGUAAAAGAAACCAUUUUGAGCCGUUUAACUGGAAUAUGUAAUGCUAAUAUUGGUCAAGUUUUGCCAGGAAUGCUUGUACAAGCCGUUGGAAAUGAAAAUGAAGAUGCUCUUAGAGUUAAAGUUUAUUGUAAAAAUCCUAGUGAAAUAUGGUACCAUACGGAAUGGAAAUGUUACAAAAUUGACUUACUACCUGUUUCAAGUUUAAUUUGGAAUCUACUAUGUGCUGUUUCAAGUUUAGCAGAUAGGGUGCGCUUAGCAAAAAAUAAGCAGUUUUGUAAAGAUGUGGAGAAUAUUAGGCCAAAUAGUAAAGUUUGGUUCUGUCCAGAUUCUAAUAAUUUAAAUACAUAUCUAGCAAGCGUAAAAUGUUUUGCCUCUGUAAAAGAAUUUGGAGAUGGAUAUUAUUUAGCACUUGAUUUAUUGGAAAAUUCAAAUGUAUGUAAACCUUCUCCUUUGACUCAAAAAUAUUUUAAGAUUUUUAAUUCACCUGGAACAUUUACAACAUUAAGUAACAUUAAUCCACGAAAAACUGAUGCUUUAGAUGAAAUUAGAAAUUUUGAGAAAAAAUUUUUAUCCAGCAACAUAUUACAACCAAGUGACAGUUUUUUUGCUUCUAAAGCCAAGGAAAUAAUUGAAACUGAGAAAAGCACAAAUAUAUUUGACAAAAAUAAAUGUUCUUCACUUUUAGACAGUGACAAUAAUAAUGAAAAUCUUGACACUGAAGUUAUUAAUAAUUUUACGCAUUCAUAUCAUCAUUCAUCAAAAAUCUCAAUCCAACAACAAGAACAUGAUUCAAAGCAAAUGUACAGAAACUUGAAAAGUUUUGAUCCUCUCAAUUCUGAUGAUGAAGCAGAAGAGAUUCCUUCAAAUUCUCAGCAAUCAUCGAAUACACAGGACUUGAAUAUUGGCUCUUGUGUAAAAGUUUUAGUUAAUAAUGAUGUACAUUAUGGGGUUAUAAGAUGGAUUGGUUCACCUGAAACUUCUAAUACAAAUAAGAUGAUGGCAGCCAUUGAAUUGGAUGAUGUUCAUCCGUUAGCAACAGAUGGAACGUAUCAAAAUAUCCGGUAUUUCCAAUGUAAACCACAGAGAGCAUGGUUUACUGAUUUAAAGGAUUGUUAUCAAUAUGAUAUGGCAGCAAGCAAAAGCUAUUACCAUCCUGCAACUGAAAAUUUUCAAUCAAUUCAAAGUUCUAUUGUAACUGGAGCAGUACCACCUAUAUGUGUUAGAAAUAAUUUGGAUAAAAUUUGUGGCAAGUUUAGAGGUAUACAAGGUCAUCAUAAUUCUUGUUAUUUGGAUGCCACUCUUUUCAGCAUGUUUGCUUUUACUUCUAUAUUCGAUCGCCUAUUAUUUAGGCCUGCAAAUGAGGGAGAUUGUUUAGAAUAUGAACAAGUUCAAAGAGUCUUGCGUGAAGAAAUAGUUAAUCCUUUAAGAAAGGAUUUAUUUGUUGGAGCUGAUCACGUCAUGAAAUUGAGAACUUUGUUGGACAAAUCAUCAUCAAUUUCUGGUCUAACUACUGAAGAGAAAGAUCCAGAGGAAUUUUUAACGUCGUUAUUAGCACAAACAUUGAAAGCUGAGCCGUUUUUAGUAUUGAGUUCCGGACAGGAUUCAUAUUUUUAUCAACUUUUUGUUGAAAAAGACGAAAAACUUACUUUACCCAAUGUGCAGCAAUUACUGGAGCAAAGUUUUUUAACUAGUAAUAUUAAAUUAGCCCAAGUACCUUCAUGUUUCAUUAUCCAAAUGCCUCGUUUUGGCAAAGCUUUUAAAAUGUACUCAAAAAUACAACCAACAUUACUUUUAGACGUGACGGAUAUUAUUGACGAUUCUCCCAGACAAUGUACAGUUUGUGGAAAAUUGGCUAAAUUUGAAUGUAAAGAAUGUUUUGGACAAUGUGGUGAAGGUUUAGAAAGUACAGCAUUUUGUAACAAAUGUCUCGAGAAGGCACAUAGUCAUGAAAUGAGAACAAAUCAUAAACCAAGAGCCUUAAGUGUACCAUUGAAGUAUGAAAUUUUAAAAGAGAAUUAUGUAGUUCCACGACUAUUAUUGGAACUAUUGGCUGUUGUGUGCAUUGAAACAUCGCAUUAUGUAUCUUUUGUUAAAUGUGGUCCUGGUUCUAAUGCGCCUUGGUGUUUUUUUGAUUCAAUGGCAGAUAGAAAAGGAGAGCAAAAUGGGUAUAACAUCCCUGAAAUGGUACCGUGUCCGGACUUUCCUUACUGGUUAAGUGAAGAAGGAGCCAAUUAUUUAUCCACAGUUACAGAUGACAAAAUACUUCCUGAACAUGCCAAGAGACUAUUAUGUGACGCAUACAUGUGCAUGUAUCAAUCUCCUGAUGUCAUAAUGUACAAGUAAAUGAAGAACAUUUAACGAGUGAAACAAAGUGAAGUCCUUGAAAAAGUAAAGUUGUAAAUUAUUGAAAUAGCUUUGAGUAAUCCAGAAUUUUCAAUUACACUUUUUGCUUUUUACGUGUAUCAAUUUUAUAUUAACUUGAGGAAACAUUUCCAAAUAUUUUUUUACUACAACUAAUGAGAUACAGUACAGCAUUUUUACAACUAGAUAACUUUUAUCAACAAGCACCCCAAUAUUUUUCACGUUGAAUAAUGUUUCCCGUAAAAUUUAUAAUUGUUAACUGAAUCAUGAUAUUAUAGCAAGUGCUAAUGUCGUUGCAAGGAAAGUUUGUGAGUAGUAUUAAAAAUUUAUACUCGUAAUAAUCAAAAAUUAUUUUUAGUUUUCUGUUAAGAAGUUUCUGUACGACUUUUGAUAACUGGACUCA